GGCGGCAUCAAGGAGCAGCAGCGGCAGCAGGCGGCCGAAAGCAGCACGCUCGCUCCAGCAUCUCCCGCAGCCCUCCUCCGGUGCGGACUCGCGUCCUUGCCCGUCAGGCGCAGGCUGUGCCCGGCUCUGGCGGCUCCCCUAUAGAACGCCGAGGUCGGAGCCUCCCUCCGCUGGUGGCGAGGGCAGGGGAGCGCUAGGGUCGCCUUGAGCAAAGGAGCCAGUCUGCAGACGCUGCUUCUCCCCGCCCUGCCCUCGCUGUCCUCCCGGCGCAGCACUCUGCCGAGCCAGGCGCAUCAUGACUACGGGAGGCGAUUUCGGAAACCCGCUUAGGAAAUUCAAGUUGGUCUUCCUAGGGGAGCAAAGCGUUGGGAAGACAUCCCUGAUCACAAGAUUCAUGUAUGACAGUUUUGACAACACAUAUCAGGCUACAAUUGGAAUUGACUUCCUAUCUAAAACCAUGUAUUUGGAAGAUCGGACAGUACGGUUGCAGCUCUGGGACACAGCAGGCCAAGAGAGAUUCCGAAGUUUGAUUCCCAGUUACAUCCGUGACUCUACAGUAGCUGUGGUGGUUUAUGAUAUCACAAAUCUCAAUUCCUUCCAACAAACUUCCAAAUGGAUUGAUGAUGUCCGAACAGAAAGAGGAAGUGAUGUCAUCAUUAUGUUAGUGGGCAACAAAACUGACCUUGCAGAUAAAAGGCAAAUCACCAUUGAAGAAGGGGAACAGAGAGCUAAAGAACUGAAUGUAAUGUUUAUUGAAACAAGUGCAAAAACAGGAUACAAUGUAAAACAGCUCUUCCGACGUGUUGCAUCAGCCCUACCAGGGAUGGAGAGUGUUCAAGAGAAGAGUAAAGAAGGGAUGAUAGACAUUAAAUUGGACAAACCACAGGAACCACCAGCGAGUGAAGGAGGAUGUUCUUGUUAAUGCAGAAUGCAGGAUCUGUCAGCUUCAUUUGACACCACGCUUGUUGUGUUGCUUCCUAUUGGUUAGCUUCCUCAAAAUACAAAUUGAGUUAUUGGUUGGGGAGGAUUUUUUUUCUCUCAAUACUUCUCUUGGGUAGGGAGGCUCAACACAAAUCAACAGCUGGCUCUAGCCUUUUCUUUUUUGUUUUAUUUAGUUGUAAUAUAAUGUACUUUAUUAAAAAUGCCAAAACAAUUCAGAAUUUUCCACAAGACACUUUAAUCGUGUGUAUACAACUUUCAGCCAUGGGGACUUUUAUCCUUUUUGGGGCACCUUUUUUUUUUAAAUUGUAUAUUUGUAAAAAAUAAAAGUCAAGUCUCCAUCAACUUGAGCUAAAAUUUACAAAGAAAAACCCCAAGAUUAUACAGGCUGCCUAAUUUCAAAGUUUAACAUAUUAGCUGUAGCUGCAUCUUGUAGUAACCUAAUACUGAUCAUUCAUUGAGCAUUACCAUUUAUACACCAGAGACAGCAUAGUCAAUCCCUUUGCAACUGUUAUAACAUAGUGCAGGUCUCUGAUUCUAUAGCUAUAAAGAGGAGGAAGAGCAAGCUAUAAGUAAAAUAUAAUUCAUGACAGUGGCAGCAUUUCUGCACAGUACACCCCAUUCUCAAAGAGAACAUCUUGGCACACUCUGUGGUGCAUAUACCACUUCCUGAAUCCUAUUUUAAUAUCAGAAUGGUUUAAAGUCUUCACUUAUGUCACAUAGUCCAGGUGUGUGACUUUUUAAAACUUUAAUUGAAGCCCUAGAACAGUGGUUCCCAAACUUGGCAUCUUUAAGA